UAAACAGAGGGGCGGAGCUCUUCGGGAAACGUUCAGCGAAGAAGAGCUCGUCGCUGCUAUGGCUCACUUAACGACCGCGGAGUCUGGGCUAUUAAUGUUGGACUUCGGACAACAUUAAAACUGUAUUUUGAACUUUUACUCAUUUAGUUUGUUUCGCGUCGGAGUGCUGUCAAGUACAGGCGACCGUUAACCGCGACUAACGGCAAGUGGACGGAGUACGAUAGCGGAAGAACUUUCAGUUAGCAUAACGUUAGUGCAGCUGUAGUUAGCUGAAGUAGUUAGCUGAUAUAUUACGUUGCACAGUAGCAGCUAGCAGGCUAGCUCGCUCCCUUUUGCUGUCAUGCCUGGAGUUUCUCGAGAUUUCACUGCGUAAACGAGAAUACCUAGUAGUUAGCUGGUUAGCUAGUUAACUAGUUAGCUGGUUAGCUUCCGGACGCCCAGUAGCAGUUUGUUCCAGCACCGAGGUAUAGGCGGACUGGACUGGGAGCAGUGACCGGUCUGAACACAGCUGAGCUUUCCGACGGAGACCUGUGCUUCUUCAGCCGCCUGGAGAUCGCUCACUCACAUCCCGAGAGUUUCUGAUGUAAUGAGAGGAAGCUUGCCAUACUGAGUUUCUAUGAAAGGGUCGUACUGUAACACAGCCAAAGAUUUAAAAUAAGAUCAGGCUCACAAGGAGUGUCAACCUUUCUCUUUGCCAAAAAAACAUCCGUCAAGACUGCAGAAAUGCUCACUGACAGCAGGAAACGACACCGUAGCUCUGACCGUGAGGAGGACCCGCAGCUGAGUCCUCAGGCCAAGAGGUCAGGAGGGGGUCCCAGCCUGCUUGUGUCAGAUUUGGAUUCGGAGUCUUCCAGCAGUGACAGCAGUAAUGGGAUCAGUAGUCCGGAGAGAGCAAUAGUGGCCAGCACCAGGCCGUGCAUACACAGCCAGAACAACCGCAUCACUCAGUACUCCCCCAGCCCAACGCCUGAAGACUCCGGUAGCUCCUUGCAGUCUGGUUUCCAUGGCGACAGCAGCAGUGUCUCUUACGACUCCAUCAACAGAGUCCUGAGGGAGGCGCACUUCAGUAGCCUGCAGACCAGAGGGCGACCAGGCUCAACAUGACUGUGACCUCUGACCCCUCUCCUGACCUUUUGUCCCUCGCCCAUCAGUGCUGACACUACUGGCACGGGGGCUCCUCCUCAGAAAGCCUCAAGCGAUGCACUCGGGUCAGGGGGAAGGGGAUGAUGUGUGGGGAGGUUUACAGAUUUUUGGGCACAAAAGCUCAUCCCCACCUCACUAUGUACCAUUUGUCAAGACCAUAAGCACAUUUGCCUUUCCAUGGCCCAGCCACUGUGGUUUCUGUGCAGUAUUGAUGUGUGUUUGUGCGUGUGUGUGUGUGUGUGCACGCACCCUGUGCACUUUAUAAAGAGGUAUCAUUCUCUUUAAAUGCGUGCGUUGAUGCGUGGACAUUUUCAUUGGUGCUAAUCACAAGUAACGCGUGAUGACCCAAAGUGCUUGCAAAACUAAAUAAAGCGAAGCACUUUACUCAAUAACUCCUCUUUCUGUUUACUCUCGACUGGAGAAGUCAGCCGCAUGCUUGUGUCUGAAGUGGGAGUGGUUGUUGUGAUCCCAUUCACAAAAGAACAUGGAGGCCAAUGGACUCACUCCCAUGGAGCAUUAUUAAAAACAAUCCAGUAAAAUAAAAUCAUAGGCCUUCUUUGUUUUCUAUAACCAAAGUGACAAAGGAAACGCUCACCUACAAAAUCACCAUUUGUACGCAUUUAACAGCAAAACAUCGUUUACAAACUCCUUCCCAACGAAGUAGUUACUUUGAUUUAGAGACCUGGAUUAUACCGCACGAGUUGUGCGAGAGUUAAACCGCUUUCUCGUUGCUUCGUUCACCGUUGGAGCCAUGCGAGAAGUUUUCUUUACUAAUUCAAGGUAACGCGUGGGGAGUGAACUUACAUACAAAUGAUCCUUCUGUGGGUGAGGUAUUCCUUUUAAACUAUAGUGCAUUUGCAGUUACUUUCACAAUCUAAAUGAAUCCAAAUGUUUUGCUGUGGAAGGUCGGCGGGUUCAAGGUAUUGAAACGGAUUCCUCAUGAGCCGCAUCACCAAAAACCCAACCUCAGAUUAGACCCUGGCUAAUUAUAGAGCUGUGAGAGCAGCAGGCCCCGGAGUCUGCGGCUCAGGCAGUGUAGUUCUGGGCACAGUGCGUCUCACAGAAACGGCCUCAACACAAAAAAAGCGCUCAAGUUUGUUACCUUGUGUUUACUUUAACAUUUUACACAUCGUGUGUGUGUGUGUGUGUGUGUGUGUGUACGCGUCAUACGCCUGUCAGCCAUACUUGUUGUAUGUAUGGUUAAAACAAUGACCAGUACACUGUGUUGCAAAUAAAAUGAGAUGUGAAAGUGAUAUUUUAUGUAAUUUUCCAAAAUCAUUUGACAUUGAAAUAAAAGCGUUGCUGAAA